AUGGCCUUAGAAGCCUACAGACACCUUCUCCGCGCGACGAGGAUCGCCUUCAAUGGAGAUAUUGCGAUCCUGACUUCCGCCCGCAAUCAAGCCCGCAGUACUUUCCUCACCAAUCGAUCUCUCACUCCCGAAUCACCGGAAUCUAUAGCUGCUAUUGCGCAUGCAGAAGAUGUUGCGAAAUUCCUGAGGCAUAAUGUGGUGCAGGGACAGAAAGCAGAGGGUGAUGAGAAAUAUAAGUUGAAUAUUCAUGAACAUACGGAACGAGGAGAUAAUGAUACGAUUAAGAUGCCGAGUGGGAAGAAUGUUACGAUUGAUGGGAAGACUUGUAAGGAUUAG